UUAUUUUUUCUUUCAGUCAGUUUCACGAAAAGAAAAUUCAGUUUUGUAGUUGUGUUGGUGUGAGAGUGUAGAAGUGUCGAGUGUGUUUUGUUUGUGGCCGUAAUUUUAAGCUCUAUUUAUUAAAGUAAAUUAACCGCUAUUAUGUAGAUUUUCCUUAAAAAUAAUCGCUGAGGCCGGUAAUUGUGUUGUUGCAAAAUGUCUACUGUUCUUCUGGCCGUUAUAGCGGUCAUACUGUGUGUUCUUUUUCGUAUACUAAACGUGAACAGCCAACCUCAUAAACCUGUGAUAUAUGGCAGGGAUAGAAACUUCAUUGAAAAUAUCCUCUUCAUUGCACCGUUUCUCAAUGAACCAUACAUUCCAACGCGAUUAUGGGGCUUCAGUGGCCAUGUACAAACAAUACUUCACAGUCUCAUAGGUCGUGUGCGGUGCCCAUGGCCUAUUGGUGGACGCAUAUCCUUAAUCUUACCUGACAAGUCAACACUCACCUAUGACUUGUAUGAGCCUCUUGGAAGUGAACAUGAAGAUGACGUCACAGUGGCAAUAUGCCCCGGCAUAGGAAACACAUCGGAGAGUGUGUACAUACGCACCUACGUGCACUACUCGCAACGUCACGGCUACAGGUGUGCCGUGCUCAACCACAUCGGCGCCCUCAGCAGCGUGCCGGUCACGGGCGCUAGGAUAUUCUCAUAUGGUCACACAGACGAUUUCAACUACAUGGUAGAGAACUUAAUGGAGCGAUACCCUAAUACGAAGCUAAUUCUAGUGGGGUUCAGCCUCGGCGGUAAUUUGAUUACGAAAUAUUUGGGUGAGGAGAGGAAAAGACCCAAGAACAUUAUAGGCGGUAUAUCGAUAUGCCAGGGGUACAAUGCCAUCGACACAAUGGUUUAUCUUCUGCAGUGGCAGAAUUUCCGUCGUUUAUACCUGUACAUAAUGACGGACAAUUAUCGUAACAUCAUAACGAGGCACAAGCGGAUGCUUUUGAAUCCGGAAAUGAAGAACAGAUACUCUUUGGACGAGACAAUGAUUGUUUCGGCGGGUACUUUGCCAGAUUUGGACGAAGCAUAUUCCAGAAGAGUCCACAGUUUCGCUUCAGUGGCAGAACUGUACAAAUGGAGUUCCUCCGCGUUCUACUUGAAGAAAAUAAAGACGCCCAUGGUGUUCAUCAACGCGCGAGACGACCCCAUCGUGCCUGAACCGCUGUUACCUAUCAUCAGGGAAUUUGUCAGUUCUCACGACAACGUGAUGUACUUGGAGCUAUCGCACGGCGGCCACCUCGGCUUCUACGAAGGCGGUCUGCUAUACGCGAACCCCGUGACGUGGCUCGACCGCGCGCUCGCGGCGCUCGUUGGCGGCUUACUAAUGUCGCACCACAAGUGCUCGCCCAAGCCAGCGCCGGACGCCGCGGCAGACCUCGGCCUCUCCGACGACGAACCGGACCUCAUCAAGUCCGCUACCAUCAUAUACAAGGACCCACUCGAAAAGGUUCCACAAAAGUUAUAAACAAAAUAGGAUAUUUUUGUAAAUGGUUUUUAGAAGUUUUUUAAUACUGAGCUGAGCUAUACGCGACCAAGCUCAUAUAGCUUCGAUUGAUGAACAUCAUAAUUGAGGUUGGCAGCUAUCGAAUAUUGUCACUAUACAUCGCGCCAACGCUGCUGGCACACCCAGUGACUUAAAAUACCCGUGGAUAUAUUUAACCGUGAUGAUUCCUUCGUCUUAAACCGAAAUCCCACAUAUUACGCCCAGUGUAUAUUAUCCAUUAGUGUUAUUAUAAAAAAAGAAAACAAAGUACCUACAAUUCAAGGAGUUACAAUUGUAACGAACUUCAAAAAUCGAUUAUUUUAAAACGCCCUGUAUUUUGAAACAUCUACCUAUUCGCCGCACUGACGCUAUGCGGCUCAUCGGUCCCUUUGAGGUCAUUCACCUUAUCUAGGUCAAAAUUCAGCAACUUCAUACUUACGAAACAGAAUUAAACAGAAUGAUUUUUUUUUCACUAGGGUGUGAAUUAGCUUGCGGUCAUUUUUAAUAUUGUCAAGGGAUUUCUUGUAUUGGACUAAUAACUAUAGGGGUGGCUUACAUAUGGUGUUACUACCAUGGUGUAUAACUUGCAUUCUAUACUCUCUCCUAAUAUCGGCAAUAUAUGCGAAAUACACAAAAGCGUGCCAGCAGCAGUUGUGGCAGGUAUAGUAGCAUAUAGCCUAAGCAAAGGGUGGUGAUCGGCUAUAACAAUUGCGUGAUUACGCAUAUGUUCACUCGUUUAGAACGAGAUAAAAUUCCAUGAAAGUAUUUUAGUGUUCAUCUUUAAAACCAAUAAUAACUAAUACUAACUUUAAGUACAAAAUUGAAAAUAUUGACGUGGCAUUAUUUCUUAAUACGAGAAAAUAAAAUAUGUUGUAAAUGAUGUCGAUAUGACCACUUACCACAAUAUAGCAUAGUUUGAAAAUACUAAUGCCCACAUGUAAAAUAGGUAAUUAGAAUAUUGUGCACAAAAUGUAGGAAGUUAAAAUAUGAUGGUUCACACUGCACGUUCCUAUGUUUUUAUUUAUUAAAAUAAAAUACGUAAACAUAACAAUACCUACAAUACUAAAUAAAACAAAUAGGUAAAUAAAUAAAUAUUUGUUUAGGUCAUGUACGGAACAUGAAAUUUUUAUAGUUUGCGUGAUUGUCAUGUUCAUUUAUUUAGAGAUUCUUUUGAAAUAUUAUUAAUGAAUUCCAAAAUGUGAUACAUUUUUUGUUAGUUUAAAGGGAACAAACCGGAGUCGGGCGAAGUCAGUGUCCUCUUACCACUAAAUACAAACCGAAUAUACUUUCAUAAUAAGAAAAACUGUAACUUUACCCACGCGCAUACACAAUGGCUCAUGGUGUAUCUAUGGAAAACGAGAUUGAAUCUAUGGAAAACGAUAUCGUAUCUAUGAAAAACGAGAUCGUAUCUAUAAAAAAGAGAUCGAAUCUAUAAAAAACAAGAUCGAUCGUAUCUAUGUAAAAGAGAUCGUAUCUAUGAAAAACGAGAUCGUAUAUUCGUAUCUAAUUCAUACACAAUUAGCAAUGUAUAAUUUGUUUUUAAACACAGAUUAACACACACACAGAAUAACACAGAGUUUAACACUAACAACAAUUACGUAAAUUAUUAUAAUAAUCAAUAAAUUACCAAUAAAAAAAAUACUCCGUCUUAUUUCUUUAGUUUUUGUGAACAGUUUGUAAAAUAUUUAAAAACAUAAGACGUAAUUUUUCUUGAUUAAUAUUGAAAAUUACUGAUGCGCCGCUUCUAGUCGUACUGACUCGAGAUUGUAUUCGUUUUUGGAUUUCGUAUUUGUGGCGGUACGACUCCGUCGUUUUCCGUACGCUCCAUCUGUAUAUUAUUGAUUAAUCUGUGUUUUUAAAGUUGAAAUAAUUUAGGUAUACUUGCUGCAUUUACGCCCCAGCUUUCUUGUGCGUUAUGUUUAAUUUAAAUUAAUGAAGCUAUCAGAAUGUUAGUGUUAAAAAUUUGGUCGUAAAAUUAUAUUUAUUAGUAAUUUUUUAAUGAACAUGACUCAAAUGUAUGUAAAAAGUGUUCACUAAAGAUUUGGUCACAGUAGAUUGUUUUUAGUGUUUCUGAUAUACACUCAACAUUUAGAUGUAAAGAGUUAUAAAUUGAAAUAGAUAAAAAAAUCUUUUUUACGUUCUUGUUUAUGCAUUUCUAUUAUAUUCACAUUGCUAUAUGCAAUGCAUUUAUUUAUUUUAUUAUAGAGACUAUCAUAAUUGAAUGUGCUUGAAGAAUAAUAAUUUGUAUCUAAUAUUUAUUGAAUAGACCAUAGCUGUGCUAUGACUUGAUAAUAAUUGUUAUUGCAAUGUUUUAUUUUAAUUUCCUAGUAGGUAGAUAAAUAAAAGUUUUCUUGAAUGUCAAUUGUGUGAUUGGUAAAGUGACAGUUUAUUAGUUGUUGUCGAAUUGCUUUGAAUGCAAGAAAAAUGUACAAUAUCGUUACCAAUGGUUGAUAUCUACUUAGUACAAAUAAUUUCUGAAACACAAUGUAUUGAUAAAUAAGCAAAUGAAUACUUUAUAAUAUAUCAGUAAUAAUAAUAUUAAAGAUAAUAAUUUGUGCGUACAAAUAACACUGCCUUCGUUUAUUUAGUUUAUCGAAAAGUAUUUUUGAAUGAAAUGAAAUUAUUAAUUUAUUCACAAAUAAACAUUUAUUAUUACAUUUAUAUACUAUUUAUAUUAUUUUUAAUCAAUGAUAAAUAAUUUGUGAACUCCUCAAUAUGGUCUGCGGAAUCUCUGGUAAAUUUUUGUUAUAGGCAAAUCAUAUAACGCAGUCCUGGUCCGCCCAGUACAAAGAUGUGGGGAUAUGACGUCAGAGGAUUGGCAACAAAAGAGCGCUUACUUCAAUAAAAUAGGGAAUAUGCAUCUAAAUUGAGUUAAGGCUAGAUCUUUUUCUGUAGAGUCAGCGUUUUUAUUGUAAGUCUUCAUACUCACAACAUUUUUUAGUUUUUAGAUUAUGAAUUUUAGUUAUUAAAAAGUGUGUAAUUUCCCGAAAAAUUCUUAAUUUAAUAAUAGUGAAACAUUUGCUAUUGGACCAUUCGAAAAGUGCCUUUUGACAUGGUGGACGUUCGCAUAGCACUCUAAAAUGACCGUCUUUGAAAUGUAACAGGUAUUUUAAGAGUUUGUUAUGUGUUAUCAACCCAUAUUCGGCUCACUGCUGAGCUCGAGUCUCCUCUCAGAAUGAGAGGGGUUAGGUCAAUAGUCCACCACGCUGGUCCAAUGCGGAGUUGCGGAUUGUAUUUUAGAGUUUAUUUUGCAGAAAAUAAUUGUUAGCGACGCAAUUGUAUAUUUUAUUUGUAAAUGUUUUAGUGAAAUAAACUGGCCGGGCAUAUAACGGAACGUAUAACGUCCAAGGGCUGUCAGUUUUUGACAGAUUUUUAAACCGUUCAGUUCGUUAAGAAUUAUCCAACUGUCAACAUCCCUUGCAACGAUAUACAUCCCGAAUAGCUCAUUUUCACCGAAUAUUUCUGUGUUUUGUUUCGUCCGUUACAAAGUGGUCUUCGAGCCAGAUCUUAUGUACGAGAAUCUGCGACACAAAAUAUAUGGAGGUACGAAACGCUUGUCUAAGCCAGCUAUUGGUUACGGAACGGCUUAGGCAGACACGGAACCAAGAGGUAGGUGAAGAUGACGCCGCGCAUAAGGCACGGGAUAAAAGUGUCAGUACCGGUCGUCAGGCGACCACUUAUUGUUCAACUGCUGCGCUUUUAUCAAAUAGACUGCGAUCGUCGAAGGCAGCGAGUCUAGCAAGGAGACGGUUGGAACUGGAGGCAGCUGCAGCUGAAGCAAAAGCCCGCAUAGAUAAGGAGCUUAUAGAAAAAAGGCUACAAGCUAACAUUGCGGCACUGAAGGUAAAAUACAGUCCAUCAAAGUUGAAGGAGAAGGUGAGGUCAACGCGCGAUCAACAUGAACGGUCCGCGCACGAUCAACACGAGCUGCAAGUACAAUUCGUUCAGCAGGAUGAUACACAUCUUCGCGAAUUGUGCACGCCCACCGUUGAAUGCGGUGGCACUGAAGGUGCAGUUCAGUUGGUUUAUGGUGCAAAGGAUCGAGCAAUCGUUGACAAUUCAUCGCAAUCAACUAAGCUAAUUUACAACAGUUUACCGAAGGAGCUGGAGGUGGGUUCGAAACGCAAACGAAUGCAACGGUCCACAUAUUACAAUUACCAGGAACUGCAAAUACAACCCGUUCAACUAGAUGAUACACUUUAUGACGGGUUGUGUACGAUCACCGGUUCAUGCGGUGGCACGGAUGGUGCAGUUCAAUUGGUGAACAAUAUAAAAAAGGACCAAACAUACGUCGAGAACACUUCCUGUACUAAUAAUUUAAAUCAGAUAAAUACAAAGGACCGCCUACCUAACGUUGAUAACAACAUGGACUGGAUAUCAUUAACGUCCGGUAAAUACAACUCAACAGUCCACGUAAAUCUUACCGUUUCACCAAAAUACACAAAUACAUGCAGUUUCUUGAUGCACAAUCACAAUGAACGCCAGCUAAAAAUCAUGAAAAUCGCACCUAUGAUGUCUUUAUUACUUUCGGCAAUACGCAUUGAGCCAUUUACACCGGCAUGUGAUCAUAAAAUCACAAUCACGUGCCCUCCUCAGCUGGCGUAUAAUAAAGAUCCGUAUCAACAAACACCGCACCGAGUUUUUAAUAAUUGUGUUAAUAAAACAUUAAACAGUCCAAGAACAACAAAAUUGCAAGUACAUACACCAAGGGUCUUCGCGAAUGAUACUACGAAUACGUAUACAGAAGCAAUAAACAAUAUUUGUAGGGAAUUAGUAUAUUACGUGCCGAAAGUAACAAAAACAAAUUGCUCACAGCUAGGCAAAAAUAUAACUAAGGUACAUCAUGUUGCAAGCGGCAAGCGAGAGGUCAUGCGUGCGAAAGAAAUAGAAAUAUGCGAGAUCGCCGUUUACAAUGUAUCUUGUGACUAUGGGACAGAACGAUCAAGAUUGAUUGAACUUGUAUCGCCAGAAGUGAAAGGUACGGAUGACGCGUCGUGUGCACUCGAUAGCACGACGGUAGCUCGGCCUGCGCAGCGCUAUCUUGCUAAUUCGUCGUGUCAUUAUGAUUUUAAACAAAAUGAAUUAUUUUGCCUCGUCGCAUACUGGCGCUGGAGUAACUACGGACGGGCGCGCGCUGGCGGUGGAUUCGAAUCGAGAAGAUGCCGAUAAUUACCUAAAUAUUGUGGGCAAAGAUUGUACGUCGCUUUUACUUCCACAGGAUAUGAGUGCGAAGCUUCGCACUGGGGGGGAGAAUGUAAGCGACGCAAUUGUAUAUUUUAUUUGUAAAUGUUUUAGUGAAAUAAACUGGCCGGGCAUAUAACGGAACGUAUAACGUCCAAGGGCUGUCAGUUUUUGACAGAUUUUUAAACCGUUCAGUUCGUUACGAAUUACCCAACUGUCUACAUCCCUUGCAACGAGAUACGUCCCGAAGAGCUCAUUUUCGCCGAAUUUCUGUGUUUUGUUUCGUCCGUUACAAUAAUAUUGAUUUAUCUUGGGAUUUUACUAUUAUGAUAGUUUUGUUGAUAGAAAUAGAUUGAAUAUAAAUUAACUUAGAGAUAGAAAAGAAUAAAAAGACGCUGUGCUGAUCUCAAUAAACUCACUCCCCUCUGUUGUUAUUCCCCGCACCCCUGUACUGCGCCAGUGAGGACUCUGUGUGCCUACUGUUGAGAAUUAUAUUCACUCAAAGUACUUAUUGAAUAUGACCAAUGAAAAAUUCUGAUCUCAAUGUAUGAUACACAAAAACAAAUGGAAUAAAAUUCACCUAAUUUUAGACAUAGCGUAGUCAUUCCCUCGUCGUGAAUCGUAUGUUUAGAUGUUUUUAUAUAAGAUGUGAAAACGGAGCGAUUGUUUUAGAUUGUCGACGACUAUUGUAAAAAAUUUGCUGAACGAAUAUUCAAUAACUUCAGGGGCGUUUGUGCACUCACUCCAUUUUAUUUCUUUCGUGAUUUAUCAAACUUGACAUAAAAAUAACUGUCUUACUCGUAAUAAAUCCUAUUCCCGAGACAAAACCGUCAUUAGUAAAUUUUUCGUUUAUUUAAAGUGGACUUUCUUUGUUUGAUUGAAUUUAAUUUUUUUUUUGUUUUCCCAUAUAAAAUUUGUUAAUAUUGAUCAACUGACUAAUAUUAAAAUUUGGUAAUAUUGAUCAACUGACUAAUAAUAUUGACUGAUUCAAGUAAGUUGGAAAAAUACUAUAAUAAUAAAUCUAAUAGAGCAACCACUACGAAGACUUUCGGAAACUUCUUUUGUUUUGAAUCUGAUAUUUCUAUUUUAUAAAGAGCACACACUACACAAAUAGAGCAUAAGCGCCCUUUAUACGUAUUUUCUU